AUGGUCCGCCACAAGAAAGACCCCCGAAGCAAAAAGACCUUCACCGUUCACCCAAAACGCGGCGGCGGCAACGCGCAGCACAACGAGCAAGACGAUGACCCCUCCACCGGCGCCGCCUCCUCGUCAUCUGGCCGACCGCGCCCGCCCUUCAAGGCCGCCUGCUGGGACCUGGGCCACUGCGACCCCAAGCGCUGCAGCGGGAAGCGCCUCAUGAAGGUCGGGCUCAUGCGCGGCCUCCACCUCGGCCAGCGCCACAACGGCGUCAUCAUCACCCCCAACGGCAAGCACGUCGUGUCGCCCGCCGACAGGGAGCUGCUCGAGACCUACGGCGCCGCCGUCGUCGAGUGCUCCUGGGCCAGGACCAAGGAGGUUCAGUGGAGCAAGGUCGGCGGCAAGUGCGAGAGGCUGCUGCCGUACCUGGUCGCCGCCAACACCGUCAACUACGGCAAGCCGUGGAGGCUGAACUGUGCUGAGGCACUUGCCGCUGCCUUUGCCAUCUGCGGCCACCUAGACUGGGCGACUCAGGUGCUGGAGCCCUUCUCGUACGGGGAGGCCUUCUUGAAGAUCAAUGCGUCGCUGCUGAAGAAGUAUUCUGAAUGUGAGGAUGAGAAGGCUGUCAAGAGGACCGAGGAGGAGUGGAUGGCGCGGCUUGAGAAGGAGUAUGCCGACAAUCGAGAAGAAGGCUCCGAUGAUGACAUGUGGAAGAGCGGCAAUGUGAACCGGCGGGUCAUCCAAGAUUCAGACGAGGGGGAGGAGGACUCAGAUGAGGAGGGGAGUGGCGAGGACGAAGAGGACGGUGAAGAUGACGACAACAGUGUGGAUGGCAUUUACCUUGGCAAGAAGCCAGACCCUACACCAAAGGAAGCAAGCGAGGAAAAAGACCCAUUUGACAUCUCAGACGACAGCGAAGAAGAAGAUGCGGCCAUGGAAGAGAUCCGGAGGAAAGUCCUGGCGUCAAGACCUUUUGCCAACCCUGAGAAUUCAGACCAGAAGAAGCGCCCCGAGACGAUAUCAAGACCGCAACAACCGACAGGGAAGAUGAAGGUUGACUCGGAUGCCGAGCCCGAUUCCGACAACGGCGAGGAAGAUGACGAGUUCGACAAUAUCAUUGCUGCAACACCGAUGACCGAUAGGAUAGGGCUCAGCAAGCUGGAGAAGGAGCGGUCACAGUCGACAGUCACGAGCAGGACGUUCAUGUCGACUAAUAUCUCCGCGCCAAAACGCUGGUAG